GUAAAGCUACAAGUUGUUGCACCAUGCCGCGCCUUACCCUUCUUUAUGUGGUCAUAUUAAUGACAUAUUUUUACAUAAAUGAAGCAGCAUCCGACUGUCCUCACGGUGGAAAAAAAGUGAAAAAUAAGUGCGUCAGAGAAUUCAGCGAAGUAACAGAUUGGAAGGAUGCCAUGAAAAUAUGCGAAAGUGAAAAUGCGACGCUGCUGACGGUGGGUGACCUGGGGUUUCUACAAGAUCUGAAUGACACCCUCCGUCUCAACCAUAAAGGAUACUGGGUGGGGGCUAGGAAAUUAAAGAGCUGGUUUUGGUUCAAUGCCACCAAACCAAUCACGUGGUUUAAGUGGGGACCCGGUGAGCCGAAUGACAUUGGUGGGGGUGAAAACACACUUAAUAUGAUGCACAAGUUAAACUACAGCUGGAACGAUGAGAAGGGGACAACCGUGGACACUGACCAUGAAGACAGGAAGCCUGCUGCGGCGGUCUGCCAGUUUGACGGUCCCUGCAGCAGCCAGUUAAAAUACGAAAACACCGUCUACCCAAGAAAAACCUUCCAAAACAAGACCUGUUUCCUGUUGAUAAAAGGCAACAAUGAUUGGAACACAUCUCAGAACAUGUGCCAGAACACUUUUGUUCACCCUGGGUAUCUGGCUAGAAUUGAUGACUUGGAGACCCACGAAUUCCUAGUGAAAUUCAUUAAGAAGUCAGGGUACAAGGCAAACUACUGGCUGGGUGGAUGGUGGAAUAAGGAAAAAGAGAGCACAUUUCGGUGGCUAAGCGGUGCACAAGUUAGCACAGAAGUAUGGGCGAAUAACGAGCCUUCUGGAGACGGCAACUGCGUAGAAUUGUAUAAAGACUUGGGCUAUUACUUGAAUGACCAAAAAUGUGACCCGUCUGAUAGAAGGAAGUUUAUUUGCGAAUAUUAUGACUUACAUCAAAAUUGA